CAACAACUGCUACAACAACUGCCCCAACAACAACUGCUACAACAACUGCCCCAACAACAACUGUUACAACAACUGCCCCAACAACAACUGCUACAACAACUGCCCCAACAACAACUGCUACAACAACUGCCCCAACAACAACUGCUACAACAACUGCCCCAACAACAACAACUGCUACAACAACUACAACUGCAACAACAACUGCUCCAACAACUACAACUGAUACAAGUGCCCCUACAACAACUGCCACAACAACUGCUCCAACAACUACAACUGAUACAACGACUGCCUCAACAACAACAACUGCUACAACAACUACCCCAACAACAACAACUACUAUGCCCCAACAACUGCUACAACAACUGCCUCAACAACAACUGCUACAACAACUUCAACUGCUACACCAACUACACCACCAACAACUAA